UGUGUGUUGUGUUUGGGGAGGAUUACACAAGUUAAUCAGAGCUUCAGAUGAGACUGAGGAUUAGAUAUAAAAAUUAUAAUCUAAUAUUUUUACAUGUUGUUUUUGUUGACCCUGGAGUUCUGGCUGAAAGUAAUAAGAAAAAAGAGCAGAAAACAGUACCAUAUAGUUCCUGUGACUCAAUAAAAAGGUAAAAAUAUCACAUAGGAUAAAAGACUAUAGGAUAUAGUGUUGUUAAAGGUAGAAGAUGACGGAUGUCAGUUAGAAAAAAACGUGUGUCUGACAGACCUCGACUCUUCUUCUCUUCUAGCCUGCCAUGAUGAUCAAACCACAUAUGAAACGAGGUGAAGCAGAGGAGGCGGUCAGUCCUCUGCAGUGGACAGACGAGGACAUGAGCUCACCUGAUGGAGGGACAACGGUCUCACCCCACCAGCAGAGAGCAGCAGAGACCAAUGACCGGUCGAGGGAGAUGGCGAGUGAAGGCGCUGAGGAUGAAGAAGACGACUUUAAUGAUGAAGAAGACGAAGAACAGGAGGACAAAAACAAGUCCAAACAACGGGGGCCGAGGAAAAAGCAGGUGACCAAAGCCAGGCAGGAACGAUUCCGCGCGAGGCGCGUGAAGGCCAACGCCAGGGAGCGCUCGCGUAUGCACGGUUUAAAUGAUGCGCUGGAGAACCUGCGCAGCAUCAUGCCCUGUCAUUCCAAAACCCAGAAACUGUCAAAGAUCGAGACGUUACGACUGGCGCGCAACUACAUCUGCGCCCUGUCCGAGGCCCUGGAGGCGGGUUCCUCCGUGGAGAGCACGGCUUUCAUGGAGACGCUGUGUAAAGGACUGUCACAGCCCACCACCAACCUGGUGGCCGGGUGUCUGCAGCUGGGACCGGCUCCUGAUCUUACCAUGAAGCCUGAAGAAAAUAACAACAUGCAAGUGACGCCUCCGCCUCUAGGUGGCGUGGGCUGCUACUCCACUCCAGGACUGCCGAGUCCACCGUACGGCACUUUUGACUCGGCUCACCUCCUCCACCUCAGGAAAGGAGGAGCCUACGAAAACCACUCCCCUAAUGACUACACCGGCGGCGGUGUGGGAACCCCACCCUACGACGGGCCCCCCACGCCCCCCCUCAGCACCAACAGCACCCUGGCUCUCAAACAGGGGUCUUCACCCCAGUACCCAGCCCAGCACCACUACUCCUCUGUGGACCACGGUCUGUACCAGACUCAGAGCGGCUUUGACGGACAGUUGGAAGGACCAUAUGACUCCUACCACGCGCAGCACUUGGCCCCGCGACAUAUAACCUCCAUGUACAGAGACUGAGGAGUCGGUAGAUCGUUAAUAAAAACUGGAUGAUGCUGUCAACACUCCUCUGUGGACACAGUGACAGUGACUGAGCCUGGAGGAGACUCAUACAUUUUCAUUCCACAAUGAUGACCAAAAAAAAACAGUUUUACACAAACACACACUCCAGAGCUGGUUUGUUCCAGUUAUUGUAAUAUGAGCACUUGUUAUUUUUGUUUUUUUUUAGCUUGUCAACAUCAGAUCUUCUGCAUAAAUUAAAGAAUGUUUAAUUUAUUCUCUUAUUUAAUACGGUAAACUUGGUUCUACUGUGGAGGUGUCUCUGUUUGUUUUCCUUCGUUUCCUCGACAUGCAAAAUAAUGUUGUUGUUUUUUUUGUUGAAUGUUGUCUUUCAUUCAGGUCCAGUCUUUGUUUUUGUUUUGUAGGUUUUGUAUUUUGCACUCUAAUCCCAGUCAGACAUAGAUUUUGUAGCACAACGUAGCAUUUGCAGAAAUAUUUGAUCUUGAAAAGAUAAAGUAUUCCAACACAAACUCAGGGAGAAGCUGGAAAAUAUAUGAGAUUGUUCACGUUUUAUUUUCUUUGGUUUUAUUAUUUUGGUUUUUACUAAUAAAAUGUUUCUAUCUAUCGUUUCUCUUUUUCUCAUUAGUUUUUAAAUUAAAAUGUUCUUACAGAUUGAAACAGAUAUGUUUUCUAUCUAAUCUCACGAGUCAAAACAACAACAAAAAAGAACAUUUAACAUUUGAUUAUCUCUCU